UCUUGUUUACUAGGAGCUGCGCAUGCGCGUGUCCGGCUGCACUCAGGAGGUGUUGGAGAUCAUAACAUGGUCGCGUGUGGGAAAGCAUGAUAUUGAUAUGAGGUAUUAAUGCGCAGUAACCUCGAGUUUUGAAUUUAGGGAAUUCUGAGCUGUGAUUUUGUACCCGAGAUUUCUGUUACAGUGGAAAGUUUUAGCUCAAUCAGAAUACUCAGCUAGCCGAACAGCCCAGCACGGAUUGAAGUGAAGGCGACUGAUCAGAAGAGCAAAUCAAAACACUUAAAAUGCCGGCCAGGAACGCAGUGACCAGUGGGCUGCCCAAUAGCAAAGUGAGAUACUCAAAGCUUGCAAGUGAUGAUGACGGCUACAUUGACCUUCAGUUUAAGAGAAGCCCACCCAAAGUCCCAUAUAAGGCGAUUGCCCUGGCAACUGUUCUCUUUCUUAUCGGCACAAUUUUGAUCGUCAUUGGAGCUCUUCUGUUAGCGGGAUACUUUGACAUUGAAGAUCACCGCGACCGCACUAUACCGGUCCUCAUCAUUGGAAUCCUCGUCUUCCUCCCCGGUUUCUACCACUUGCGCAUCGCCUACUAUGCUUCUAAGGGCUACCCAGGCUACUCCUACGAUGACAUCCCAGACUUUGAUGACUGAGUAACAUGGAACAUUGUGACAGCUCACUGACAUUUCUGAUAGUUCUCUGAAGAAGAGCCUUCUUUUAUGUGCAGAGACAAAGCUGCAGUCUUGACAAGCCCUCAUUUUGAAGUAAAGUACUACAUGGAGAAAAGAUGGUAUGUGUUCGCUCUGAAGAUUUUAUGUUGAUGAAAAGUGCAUCUGUAGAGGCUGAUAAUUUGAGCAUAAAGAAUUCACCAUGUGCAUUAAUGUUCCAUACUUAAGUAAUAGAAAGAUGCUUGUAGCAUUUGUGUUCCUACAUUGCCAUGUUGCAGUUAAUAAACCAUGUAUGGUUGUGAUUAAAAUUGAGGGAAGGGGGAAAAGCAGCCUAA